AUGAUCAGCAGCGAUAGCGAUAGUAAGGUGCAGAGAGAGCGACGACGAGAAAUCGGCUCCCCGGCGGAAUCUCUAAUUUCCGACUGGACCCACUCUGUCCUCCUUAUAUGCAUCACCACUGCUGCCUUCCUGCAGCUCUCAAGGUUGAAGGAAGGUUCGGCGAUCGGUGAGAGGCAUGUCAACUGCCGAUUCAUCUCACUAUACCAAAAUGAUUACAUCACGCCAAGAGCAAAGAGGCAUGGGCUAGGCACACUGCAAUGUUGUGGUCUUAGUGAGCGUGAUGUGGGAUCAAGAGACGAAGAAGCUCGGACCGUCUUCAUUCACUCCCGAUUUCCGAGCCGAGACGUUACACCAUCUAUACGAUUAUCAAUAGCAAUUAACAUCUACUCUUCGAAUAACUAUGACAUUGAUCUCUCACAGUUGCCUCUCUCAUAUUUAUCGCGACCCUCUCGCCCAUUUCCUUCCACUACGGCCGCCUACCUCGAAUGGCUCCUAAUAGCACAUGCCGCCAACGAUGACUACAUUCUACUCGAGAAUCUCGCGCUAGGCUUCGAGAUAGUCGAUGCAACAUAUGGAAAUUUGCGAAAGGCUCAAGGGAGAGAAUGCGAGUUGGAAAGUCGACAAGGAAUGAAAACGCCAAAAGGUCCGGGUUCGGAGCAUCACUAUCCUGCAUUGGCGACGCCGCGCCGAUGA